CUCGCCCUCCGCCUUCGCCUCCGCCUCCGCCUCGGCGCCUCCCUCAGUUUGCCGACGGCACUUCUCUUCACUCCGGCAUCCCUCGCCUCUCUCUUCCCAAAUACGUUCUCUAAUUAGCUCCCCUCUUUUCUCCCGGGGUAAGACGACGAAUCUCGUAAGCCUUCCAGUCGCCGCCGUCCUGUAAAAUCCCGUCUCUAUUUGCUUCUGGGUUAGUGCGUUUUACGUGGAUUUUUUUUCUUCUUCUGGGGUUUGCUUUUAGUUUUAGUUUUUGGAGGAUUGUUUCUGUGUCUCUAUCUUGAAUGAUUAUUAAUGGGUUCUGGGUUUUGCUCCGAAUGGUGUUCUUUAUGGAUACCUUUGGAGUCGAUGGAUUUGCCCACUUUCGGUUAUGAAUCUCUGAAGUGGGAUUGCUUUGAACUUACGCUAAAUCCUUUUCUAAAAUUCUGUGAGAACUUUCAGUCUUUGUGUUUCCUACUUGAUGUCUUUCUCUCAGUCCUUGGAGGUUCUUGCUUACUGUUAGGUGGAGUUGGUAGUAAGAAGGACCUAGUAACCAGUGGCUAAUUGGAUUUUUAUGGGCACGGAGAAGAAGAUGGAGGAGACAGAUAAGAAGAUAGAGUUCAGGUUGUACAAUACAAUGAGCAAAACAGUUGAAGUUUUCAACCCCAUUGUUCCUGGCAAAGUUGGCAUGUACGUUUGCGGUGUCACUGCCUACGAUCUGAGCCACAUUGGCCAUGCUCGUGCUGCUGUUGUCUUUGAUGUUCUCUUCAGGUACCUGCAGCACUUGGGUUAUGAUGUUACUUACGUUCGAAACUUUACUGAUAUUGACGACAAGAUAAUUAAGCGUGCUAAUGAUCUUGGUGAAGACCCUUUGUCCUUAAGUAAUCGGUUCUGUGAUGAAUAUCUUGAUGACAUGCAAAGCCUGGCAUGCCUCCCUCCUACUCACCAGCCACGGGUAACUGAACACAUGGAAAAUAUCAAGAACAUGAUAGCUCAGAUUAUGGAAAAUGGUUGUGCAUAUGCUGUUGAAGGAGAUGUGUUCUUUGCUGUUGAUAAGUCCCCAACUUAUGGUCAGCUAUCUGGGAGGAAGUUGGAGGACAACAGAGCUGGUGAACGUGUUGCGGUUGACCAAAGAAAGCGUAAUCCUGCUGACUUCGCUCUUUGGAAGGCUGCAAAGGAGGGUGAGCCGAGCUGGGAUAGCCCAUGGGGUCCAGGAAGACCAGGGUGGCAUAUUGAAUGCAGUGCAAUGAGUGCACAAUAUCUCUCUUUCAGAUUUGAUAUCCAUGGUGGUGGAAGUGAUUUGAUCUUCCCUCAUCAUGAGAAUGAAGUGGCUCAAAGUAGUGCUGCUUGCAGCGACAGCAAAAUCAAUUUCUGGGUCCAUAAUGGGCAUGUCACAAACAACAACUUGAAGAUGUCAAAAUCGUUGGGCAACUUUUUCACCAUCCGUCAGGUUAUCGAAAGGUACCAUCCACUUGCUGUGCGAAUGUUCUUGAUAAGUGCUCAUUACCAUUCUCCCCUUAACUAUACCGUCGGCCAGCUAGAGCUGGCUUCUGAGACAGCUUAUUACAUCUAUCAGACGCUGCAUGACUUGGAGAUUGCUAUGUUACCACCUCAAGAUAGCUUGAAGGAGAAAGGCGGUGAAAGCAGUGAUAAGAAGAGUGGCAAGAAGCCUAUCAAGUUUACUGAUGAGGCCGAAAAGUGCAUCGCAAAGCUGAAAGCUCAUUUCAAUGCUAAAAUGUCGGAGGAUUUAAACACAUCACAGAUAUUAACUGGAAAAGAUUUCAAUGAAGCCUUGAAGUACAUAAAUUCCAAUUUGAACCUUCUCAGGAAGCAAAAGCAAAAGCUGAGAUCGUUAGAUGUGUCUCUUGCGGCAGUAGCAAGAGAAGUUGAAUCAGUAUUGAGAAUUCUGGGCUUGAUGCCAACUGUCAGUUAUUCCGAGGUGUUGCAGCAACUGAAAGAGAAGGCGUUGAUUAGGGCUGAACUAAAGGAAGAAGAUGUGGCAGCAUUGAUUGAGGAAAGAACAACUGCGAGAAAAAACAAGGAAUUUGGGAGAAGUGAUGAGAUCAGGGCUGACUUAACAGCAAAGGGAAUUGCACUGAUGGAUGAGGGCAGGGAAACUGUUUGGAAACCAUGUGUUCCUGUUCUGCCUGAAGAAGAAGGUGAAGAGUUAGCAGCAGCGGCAGCAGCAGUGUUAGCAGCAGCUUUGCAAUAGCAACUAUAAGCGUCAAGUCAGCCCGUAGGCCGUAUAAUUGAAAAUCCGACUUCUUUCGUUGUUAACUAGACAAGUCCCGUUAAAUGCAUGUGGGGGAGGGACGCACAAACUUUUGCAGUGUUCUUGUUAUACACAGCUGGAAGGAUGAGUAUGGUUUGGUUGGUCGAGAAACUGUGGGUUGAAUGAUCCCAAACUCGUCCACCUACUAUUGGGCAUUUGCUACUUCCAUUUGAACAGCCUUAACGUUCAUUGCUUGGUUGAAUUGACAAUCGCAGCUUUUUGUCGUCAUAGCGCCAACAUGGAUGCUAUCUAGGAGAGAGGAAGCUUAGUGUCCAAGUCGUUAGGGCUUGCCAUCUAUGAAGCGUCUGUAGUGAUGUUGAAUAUGGACAAGUUGGGGUAAGAAGGGCUAGUCGAGCCUAGAGGUUGAGAGUGUCUUUUCAUGGAUGUUACAUCUACUCUCUCCCGUUUCCUUUGACAGGGGAACUGGGAGAGAGACUAGGAUUCAAAUAGAAUUGCUACCUUUGUCAAAGGCGGCCGGCUAAAUUGAAGUCACAUUUACACUGAGCUUUGUCGAUGGCCUGCCCAUAUCUUUUCCCAUAAUGCCAACGGUCAGGCGAUCACACCUCUCGCAUUUACUCUUCCUCUGUCGUAUUUAGUCCAGGCCGGCCCGGCUCACUGACCCACCGCCGGAACUUGAACCACAUCUUCUUGUUAACUUAACUCGCGCAUUCAAUGCCAUCAUUUUGUCUCCUUUUGCAUUCCUCUUUCCCUUCCUCAACUGCCACACCAAAUUGGUUGUAAAUAAAUCCUCCCACCCGUACAUCUCCGCCGCCGAUGAAACCCGACCCGGCCGGCUGCACUCAUCAUGGUCAUGGAGCCUUCUUCCCGCCUGAAGUAUCUCCUUCCCUCUCUCCUCCUUCUCUUGUUCAUAUCUGGUUGCUUAAACUCGGCAGCUGGACCUGUCCCCGGAAACGAGUCGGACAGGCUCGCCCUGCUCGACUUCAAGAGCCUCAUCACCCAGGACCCGCUCCAAAUCCUCAGCUCGUGGAACGGGUCGGUCCAUUUCUGCAACUGGGUCGGGGUUUUCUGCAACCCGUCCAAUUCCAGGGUCCAGAUUUUGAGUCUCCAGUCUCAGAGAUUGAGCGGCUCCUUGCCUCCUUCAUUGGGCAACCUCUCUUACCUCACCGCCAUCAACCUCCGAAACAACAGCUUCCGCGGCCAUGUCCCUCCUCAAAUCGCCCGCCUCUCUCGCUUGCAGCAAAUCAACUUCACUUUCAAUUCCUUCUCCGGGGAAUUCCCUUCCAAUCUCAGCACUCCCGACCUUACUGUUCUUGACCUCGCCGGGAACAACUUCUCCGGCCAGAUUCCCGACUCCCUGGCGUCCAAGUCCAGGUUGGUUUGGCUGGACCUCGGCUUCAACAGCCUGACCGGAAUUGUCCCCAGAUGGCUGGGGAAUUUGUCUUCGCUCGCUGUUCUUUCGGUUGGUCCCAAUUAUUUAGUCGGAAAUGUACCGGACGAGCUCGGCAAGCUUUCCAGGCUGGGGUUCUUCCAGCUAUACGACAACUCUCUCACUGGUACCAUUCCUCCUGCGAUUUACAAUAUCUCGUCUCUCUACUACUUCUCUGUUGUUCAGAACCAAUUGCACGGCCAGCUUCCGACGGAUGUCGGCCUCACGCUGCCAAACCUGCGAACAUUUGCCGGCGGCGUAAAUAACUUUACCGGCGAGAUUCCUGUUUCAUUAGCGAAUGCCUCUGGGCUUCAGAUUAUCGAUUUUGCUCAGAAUGGCUUUACUGGGAAAAUUCCUCAUAGCCUGGGGGGCUUGCAAGGCUUAACCAGGCUUAAUUUUGAUCAGAAUAGGCUUGGAAGUUAUGACAUUGGAGGGAUGGACUUUCUUGCUGAUUCACUGUUUAAUUGCUCGAAUCUGGUGGUCCUGGGCUUGUCCAGAAACAAGUUUGGGGGAACUCUGUCAAACUCCAUAGCUAAUUUGUCCAGUCAACUGCAAAUCCUCACUCUGGGAGAGAAUCAGAUUUCAGGAACGAUUCCUGAUGGGAUAGGGAAUCUGGUGAGCUUGGCAAGUCUGGGUUUGGAAGGGAACUAUUUUACAGGCAGUGUACCUAACAGCAUUGGGAAGCUUCAGCAGUUGGAGGGUUUAAAUCUCAAUUACAAUAGAUUUUCUGGACAAAUUCCUUCCUCCAUUGGUAACUUGACCAGAUUGACCAGGCUUUUCAUGGAGGUAAACCGGCUAGAGGGAAGCAUUCCUCCCAGUCUGGGGAACUGUCAAAAUCUGCAGAAUUUGAAUAUUUCUUCCAACAGACUUAGUGGAAGCAUACCCAGAGAAGUUAUGGGGCUUUCCUCUCUCUCAAUUUCCUUGGUUUUGUCCAGUAAUUUCUUGACAGGUGGAAUACCACCUCAAGUUGGGAAUUUGAACAAUCUGAUGAACUUGGAUCUGUCAGGGAACAAGUUGACAGGUGAAAUCCCUGGAACAAUUGGCAGUUGUAUAAGCUUGGAGAGCCUAAGCUUGCAGGGGAAUGAUUUCCAAGGCAAAAUUCCAGAUUCUCUCAAAUCCUUGAGAGGGAUAAAGAGCCUGGACCUUUCAGGAAACAACUUUUCGGGAAACAUUCCUGAAUUCCUCACCACACUCUCUUCCCUCGCCCAUCUCAACCUCUCCGAGAACAAAUUCACAGGGGAAGUUCCAAGCAAAGGUAUAUUCGGAAACUACUCAGCCUUCUCCAUAGCUAGAAAUUCCAGACUCUGCGGUGGAAUCCAAAAUUUACACCUGCCUUCAUGCACCCAGGAGGCGAGGCAGAACAAACCCACUAAAUCUCUUAACCUCAAGAUCGUCAUUCCAGCAAUUUUGAUAGCCAUAUCUGCUGCUGUUAUGGCCUUUUGUCUUGCUGUAAUCCUUGUUAGAAAAAGAAGAAAGAAAGAAAGACCCUCAUCGGCAAGAAGCUUGGAAGUUGACCUUGCUUCAGAGCAGGACUACCAAAUAGGAGGCCUUUUAUCUUAUUCGGACCUCCUGAAAUCGACAGAUGGCUUUGCUGCUGAAAACUUGGUGGGUUCAGGAAGUUUUGGUUCUGUCUACAAGGGAGCCUUAUCUGAUGAAAGAACGACGGUGGCAGUUAAGGUUCUGAACCUUCAGCAGCAGGGUGCUUCGAAGAGCUUCCUGGACGAAUGCAAUGCUUUGAAAAACGUCAGGCACAGGAAUCUGGUUAAGAUCAUGAAUGUCUGCUCAACUGUAGAUCGACGAGGGAAUGAGUUCAAAGCUAUAGUCUUUGAGUUCAUGCCUAAUGGAAGUCUUGAAGAUUGGCUUCAUCAUCAAGACCGAGCUAGAAGGCUGAGCCUUGCCCAGAGACUCAACAUAGCUAUUGAUGUUGCUGCCGCACUGGAAUACCUACACCAUCAUUGCGAAACUCCGAUUGCUCACUGUGAUCUCAAACCCAGCAACAUACUUCUGGACCAGGACUUGACGGCACGCGUGGGUGACUUUGGAUUGGCAAGUUUUCUCUUUGAUGGAAACCAACCGUUGCUAUCAGUGAGCUUGAAGGGUUCAAUCGGCUACAUUCCUCCAGAGUAUGGACAGCGCGGCCGAGUUACAGUGAUGGGAGAUGUUUACAGCUUUGGGAUACUGAUCCUGGAGAUGUUCACAGGGAAAAGACCUACUGACGAAAUGUUCAAAGACGAUUUGAGCAUUCACCAGUUCGUGGCAGUGGCGUUGGCAAGGGGUCAUGUCAUUGACGUUGUUGAUGCAUCGAUGCUUGUUGAUGAAGAGAUGAUAAAUGGUGGUGGUGAUGAUGAUGAUGAUGGCUGUGGAAGGGAAGAAGAGAAGGGAAUGAUGUGGGCUGCUGCGGGUACUCUUUCAGGGAAGGAAAAAGUUGGAGAAUGCUUGACCGAAAUAAUGAGAGUCGGACUGGCUUGUUCUGUGACAUCUAGCGGGAAUCGGAUAGGAAUGAGCGUUGCUGUAAAUAAACUGCAAGAUAUUAGGGAUUCGUUGCGCAGAUGAUAAGGAGGCGAACUUCAAGAGGAGUCAACAAACCCAUUGAUCAGAUUGGUAAGCACAGUAAUUUUCUACCUGAAAACCAUAUCCAAUCUGUAGUUGCAAGAUAUGUAUAUUUUUUUUUUCCCCUUUGUUUUGGAUAGGUGUGACUGAGAUGCAUUGUAUUUGUGUAAAUCAGAUGUUACAACACAAAUUUUUGUAAAGGGGAAGCUUUUUUUUUUUUCGAGAUAAAAUUAAGGAAGUUGAAACUAAUAAAACGGCA